GUUGGUUUAGGAAGAGAAAGAAGGCAUACCACUACUAGCCAGCCAGCCCCCGUCAUUUAGCGCAUUUUUACCUCUCGUCAUCCCUCAUCCCACUACUCUUCUUCAUCACCUGCUUUACCUCCCUCUUUCGUUGGCGUUGAAGCUUCACAGGGAUGGCGUUGAGCGGCGCAGCAGGAUUCGUGUCGCGGCCCCACGCGGCGUCGGACAGCCGUCUGCUGACGAACCUGAUCAAGACGGAGCGCACCUACAUCCAGCACCUCCACGCCUCGGUCUCGUCUGGCCAUGCCGCCAGCGCUGCGCUCUCGGCCUGGGGCACGAGCGAGGCGCCCGACAUUUCCGACGCCAGCGCGCGCCUCGGCUCGCUGCUGGCCGCCUGUGCCGACGUGCAGAGCACGCAUGUAGCGGCCAUCGAGGGCUACCGCGCUGCGCUCAAGGACGUCGCCGACCGCGAGGCAUCGAUCCGGAGCGUGGUCCGCGACCGCGACAUUCUCGUGGGCCGGCUCAUCAAGGCGAGCAACAAGGCCGCCUCGUCGUCGCACUCCAAGUCGCCCGAGGAGCGCGCCGAAAAGGUGGCCGUGGCCCGGCGGGAGCUGCACGCCUGCGAAGAGGUCCUCGCCAGCGAGGAGGCAGCCCUCGUGGGUGUCAAGCGGCGCACCUUCAAGGAGGCCCUGACGAUGCGCAUGAAGACGAUGGGCGACGCUGGUGCAGCCAUGGUGGAUGCCGCCAAGGAGGCCAUCCUCCUCCUCGACUCGUUUGACUCGACUGCCCGGCAGCACUACCCGCACCCGUACGACGCCGAAGACGGAUACCAGCAGUACCAGGACCAGGACCAGGACCAGGAGGGCCAGCAUCACCAAUACGACCUGGAGCAGCCGUCAGAGGACAGCCAUGCGACGUGGCGGCAGAUGCAGAGCAUGCAGCAGCACCAGCACCAGCAGCAACAGCAGCAGCACGUGCACGCUCACGGACACGAGGCAGACAGCGAUGACCGGCUUCCGGUCAACCAUCCUGCGUUUGAAAACUCGUCGGUGACGCCCUCGCAGUCUGCGUCGCAGGUCAACCAGCAGCAGUACUCGCGACCACUGGGAGGUAUGCAUGCUCCUUACCCCUCCCGUAUCGGCGAGGAGGCCUCCCAGCGGCACCGCGGCCGUGGCAACGACGACGAGGACGACGACGAUUCGGACAGCGACUGGGAUGAGGGUCAUCAACGAGGAACAGGGACACCCAUACCCCCUCCCCAUCAGAUCGGCCGUGACAUGGCGACGUUUGUGCCAGAGCAGCCGCAGGCACAGCCGCAGCAGUCGCGCGAACGCAACAACCGGCCCGACAUGCACACGCAGCUGCCACCGAACGACCCCACGCACAAUGUCACGCCUGGACCCACGCCACCGGCAAAGGAGGAGCGGCCGCUUUCUCGAACAACACCCACGUCGAAGCAGGCCAAGGCAGCCAGGGCACCUGCGCGCGACGUCAAUGUGGUGCCGAUGCCCGAGGUCCCCAUGGCGCCGCGGCUGAAUCUCGACGGCGUCAAUCUGGGCCCUGUGCCUUUGGCACCCAAGCUGUACAUGCCUGGCGCCUCGUCGGGCAACCAGGACGAGUCUGACUCUUCGGCCGACGAGGCAAACGGCCGAGGAACCGUCGCUCACCGUGGCGGCGGCGGCGGCGGUGGAGGAAGCUUUCGAAUGCGGCCUUCGGUGGCCCAUGCUGCUGCCGGUGGCCACUCAUUUGACAGCUCGGCCUCUGGCACGGCCCGGCAGGACCGCGAUGGAGCAAGGGCGCGCAAGGGAAGCGGAAGCGGCGGCUUCUUUGGACGCAUGGGCAAGCUCUUCAAGACGGACAUCAAGGGAGAGCCUGCCACGGCAGCAGCAGCAGCAGCCGAGGGCGACGGUCGAUCGCGCAAGACGUCGUCCUCGGCCUGGGAGACGCGGACCGAUGCCAAUCUGCGUGGUGUCCGACAGAGCAACCAGGCUGACGACGGCGUCGAGCGGGCUCGGCGAAGGCAGAAUCUCCUGCGCGGACCGAUUGGAAGCGUCGAGCAGGACAGCAGCGACGAAGAGGACCAGCGCGACCUCGUCCGCCACGUCAACCAGCCACGGCCUCUGUGGCAGACGGACCAGACCAACUCUGACGUCGGCAUUGGCUCCCGGCUGACUGGCAUCGGCAAGCGUGCGAGCCUGCGCAGGAUACCGAGCAGUGCAAGCGUCACCGCCGGUCCCAAGAGCUGGAAGGCCAAGCAGGAAGAGGAGGAGCAGGCCAGGCGUGCCGUCAUUGGCACUGGCUUUGCCGGCUCGGCGACGGCGGCCGCGCCUGCGCCAGGAGCGCCCGAGGCCGGGUCUCUCAAGAAAAAGGGCACCGUGACCAAGAAGAAGAAGAAGCAGCCGACGCCAUCGCAAGAUGGAGGCAGCGAGAUCGGCACCCAGGCCACGCGGACCCGCUCGACGGCCGCCUCGGUCAAGCCCAAGCGCUCCUCGGUCAUUGUGCCGGGCGACGCCUCAGCGGGUGUGCGGCGCAGCGAGAGUCUCAACUACGGAUCCAAGGGGCGAGCAUCUGGCGCAGCCGCUGGCGACAAGGUGGCAAGGAGGACGUCGAAGCGCAUGAGUGCAGUCGCGCCCGGCGACCUCGAGGCAAAAUUCAACACGAGCUCCUGGGUGACCAAGAGCACCGAUUAUAUGCCUGAAGAGGCACCCGUCCGAGCAGCAGCAGCAGCAGCGGCGGUGGCGGCUCCUCCUGCGGCAAAAGCGCCGAAUGCAGCGCCGACGUCGCAUCCAGCCCAGGCACAGCCACCGCAGCCCCAGCAGCAACGCGAGGGAAAGGACAGUCACCCUCGCCAUGUGCCGCAACCGUCGGCAGCGACGAGCCCGCCACUCAAGCCGGCCUUGAAGGUGCCCGGGGGAGCCGCGGAUCUCAUGCGUACAGGGAGCAUCUCGAGCAGCAUUGGCGGUGGACGCAGCAGCCCGAUGCCCGUCUUGCCUCCGCCCAUCUCGGCUCCUCCGCCUGUCACGAGCCUGUCGAUCAAUCAACUGGCUUCGGCACCGGCACCUGCACGUGCACCUGCACAUGCCAGCCUCGGUGUCGAUUCCACCAUUGACGGCACGGGCCACCUAGACGUCGAGCUGGGCAAGAGCGACUCCAACAAACCGGCGACGCCCAGCCAGCUGAAGCGAAGCUCGGUGCCCGUCCCACGCAUCGAUAUGCCCGCCUCGGAGCCGUUCAAGCUGGACCUCGACGAGAGGGGCAAGCCCACUACGCCGAGCCGCAGGACGCCACUCGCCGAAGCAGGCAGGGUCUCGCCGGCGCUCAUGACGCCGGGAGAGGCGUCGGCCUACCAGCAGUUCCUCACCAACAACCCUGGCCCUGCCGAGGCGCCGUCGGCGAUGACGACUAACACCGACGGCGUGCGACGCUUUGUCGACCGGAGCACAAAGCUCGGCAGUGGCGUGGGCUCCCCGCCAAGACCUGCUCCUGCUGCUGCUGCUCAGACUCUUUCGACGCCGACAAAGACGAGCAGGACUUACGGUGCUGGCCUUGGCGACGACAGCAGCGACAGCGACGACGGUGGAGCGGCUGCCACCACCGCUGCUCCCACUGCUGCUGCUUCUGCUGCUCCUGCAGCCCAGGCAUCGACUGGCGCAGCUACCGCCAACCCAGCCACGAGCAACCUGUCUGCGGCGCCAGCCAAUGUCGCCACGAGCGACACCUCUGUCGACGCUGGCAGCGGCGUGAGCAGGAGAAAGAGCGUGCGAAUGGCGCCCGACGUCAAGCUGCCGCCCGAGACACCGACCGAAGACCACUCGUUUGACUCGGCAUUCAACAACAACAGCAAAAAGUCUUCCUCCUCACAUCAGCGCCACUCCUCGACUGACCAACCCGGCGCCACCCUCUCUGCGAGGAUUGCACCCCCACCUCCUGCGCCGCCGCGCAUCCACCAGUCCAAGGACUACUCGCCCGUCGAUCUGGGAGCGACACCGCGGGAGAGGCAAGGGUGGGCGACGAGAAUUGGCCGCUCGACGGCCGACGACAGCGACAGCAGCGACGACGAGGGCCGCGGCGGUGCGGGCGAGCAGGGCGCCGACAGCUACGCCAGUGCCCGACAGGCAUUCAACAUGGCCAGCCGCUCCUGGGGCAAGGCCACGGGAAGCAGCAAGCAAGCCUCGACGACAAAGAAAGGGGCAGGCACCGAGUCUGUCGCUUCGACCACGGGCUCGAUUAAGAAGAAGAAGUCGAUCUCGAAGAAAAAGAGUGCGUCCAACAACAACGUUUCAGGCUACAACCCUGCGAUCCCCCUGCCAGCCGGCAUGGAGGUCGUCGGUCGCAGCGGAAGCAUCAGGCGGUGAAGAUGGACACAGCACACAUGCACCCGCACACACACAUACACACACAAACCCACAUUAAUCAACAUUCUUUCUUAUGGUUGCCAUUAGCCAUUGGUGCUUGGCACUCCCUCACGCUCCUUUCCUUUUUCUUUAUCUUUUUGCUUUGCUUCCCCCUGUUACCCACCAAGUUCUCUGUGCUUGGAGUCGGAAA